AUGAAUCCUGAACCAAAGUUAAAGUAUGUAAGACUAUCAUGUACUUGCCCUCCAAUUUGUUCAUGUGGAGGAAAAGUAACAAGGGAUUGGGUUCACGUUAAAUGUAUGAAGGAUUCAUACAUUACAUCAAAAGGAGAUAUCUUUUGUAACAAUUAUGGAUGUAGUAGUUAUUUCAUAAAGGAUGCAAUAUUUAAAUGUGGAUUUCAAAACGAUUAAACAUGGUACUAAUUUAAAAAUGCUUCAUAAUUUAUUAUGGCUUUGGCUAUGGCAAUUUAAUCAGCAUCAUUUAGCCUUAAAGAUAAUGAUUUAGUCUUAUUUAUUACAGAUAUCAAUGCACAAGUAGCAAAGAGAUGGGUUUUAUGUUAGAAUUAUGAUAUUAAUAUUAAAACUUAAUCUGCUCAUAAAAUGAGUUCCAAUUCUUUCCUAAUUUUAAAUGUUAUCAAGAAGAUAGCUAAAAAUCAUAAUUAUUGUUAAGUUCCUGGCAUCAAUAAUUCGAUAGGUUAGAUAUUUCUAGAUUAAAUUGGUUAAAUAUUUCGAUUGUAAAUUUCUUUUAAACAAACGAUAGAGUUAUUGAUUAGAUGUAGUAAUAUUGAAUUCUGA